AUGUCGGCCUUGCAGACAUUUCUGCUGGUCGUUGACCAUAAUAAAGACGAAGCGAAGGAGAUUGCUGAGCGGGUUGCUCAUGAUGUCGAAACCCGGAAAACAACCCUUAUCGAAGUCGUGCAGUCCCUGGGCGAGUACAUCAACGACGAAGAUCCGAUUUUGCGGGGCAAAGCUGUCUCCUAUCUCACGGCCGUGAUCAAGGCGCUUUCUUCGAAGUACUUGUCGAGGCAACAGAUUCAGGUCCUGACGACAUUUUUUUGCGAUCGCAUUGAAGAUGGAGGCGCUGUUGCUGGGUUGGAGACGUUGCAGAAGCUGGAUCGGUUCCAUAGGGAAUUGGCAGAGGAGGUUGCGAGAGCGACGUUUGGGUACCAGGGUUUGCAAUCGCGGUCUCAGUCGCAGAGGUUCCAAGUUUAUCAGUUGCUGAAUGAGUUGAUGUUGAAUCAUCGUUCUGCACUGCGGGACAUGGGUGACGAUUCGAUUGUUGGGAUUGUGGACUUGAUGACUGGCGAGAAGGAUCCUCGCAAUCUUAUGCUUGUGUUCUCGAUAUUGAAGGUGGUGAUGAUUGAGUGGGAUAUUUCGAACCACGCCGAGACUCUUUUCGAUGCGGUGUACAAUUACUUCCCGAUCACUUUCAGACCUCCCCCGAAUGACCCUUACGGUAUCACCGCGCAGGACUUGAAGAACCGUCUGCAGGAUUGUAUCUCUUCGACGAGACAUUUUGCACCAUAUGCUAUUCCAUCCCUGCUGGACAAGCUCGACUCAACCUCCCCGAAUGUCAAGAAAGAUGCGCUUAAUGCACUGAUCGCUUGUAUACACACAUACGAUCCGGACGCUGUGUCGAGAUACUCCAUCACAAUCUGGGAAACUUUGAAGUUCGAGAUCCUCAAUGCACAGGAGGAGUUCCUCUCCGACAUCUCGCUCGAGGCUUUGCAGGGUAUCGCUAAGCGACUCUCUGAAGGCGUCACCGAGGCGUCGCCACAAUUGCCGCUUGCUCAGUACCUGAGACCAAUUAUGAAGGAAUGCAACGAGCAGUUACGGGAGCCUCAGCAGAAGCAAGCGAAGCCUUCUCAGCAGAUUUUGAGGUACACGUCUGCUGCGUCGGCCGUCUCAUUUAUCCUGACUGUGCAGAGUGUUGUUGCGCCGCUGUUGACGAUUUACCAGGAGGCUGAUGGGAUCGUUAAACAGAGAGCUCUGUUGGAGACGUUGGUUGUUUUGUUCGAUUCUGCCAUCUCAGUUUUUGGAGAAUGGUCAGCGCAUGGUCUCGAUACUAUCCUUAUGAAUCCAUUGCUAGAGUUCAAGGACCAGUUUUCUGAAAUCUUCGGUCAGGCAUUGAUGGGAUCUGCGAAGGAGGAAGUGUCUUUCCGUGUCACGGCGCUCAAGGGCUUCCUGCGUCUAUCGACCCUGCGUGACUUCUUCCAGGACAACGAGAUAGGGUUAUUCGUCCAGUAUCUCGAUGAGAUCCUGCUGGCGGAAGAGUCCGUGGGCCGGGAUGAUUUGAAAAAGGAGGCCAUCGCGGCUCUUGCUGAGAUCUCCAAGUACAAGCCGCGUCUGAUUAUGGAUAUAACUUUCCCUGCCUUUGUGGCAACGCUUCCGGACGCUGAUGAUGAAACAAUCUCCAACUACUUGCCAACUCUCGAAAUCCUCGCGCAGAUUAGCGUGGAAAAAGAUAUUUUCGAGACAUUGGUGCGUCGGUUGUUGAGCAAGUUGACUAUCCUGCUGCAGAAGGAGGAGCCCGGGUCGCCUGCAUACCCAAGAGCAAUCCUCUUGACUAUUCUCUAUGUUAUGGACCAGAGGAAGAUGGACCAAGAUCCAAACCUGGGACUCUACUAUAAGAAGAUCGUCAUGGGCUUCUGCCGUAGCGUUGCAGCUUCAGCUUCUGGCAAGGCAGCGAACAGGAUCCUGAAUGAUGCUACAGUGCUGGACACGCUUGGACGACUCUGCAACCUGAUCGUGCGAUCUGUUUCGAAAGAGCAGCAGGAAGAAGUUGCUGCCAACGUUUACACAUUGUUCGCUCCUGCAGAGGAGUUCUCGCCGGUUCCUUUCGCGCAAUCCGCUACUGAAGACCACCAGCGUACGAUGAUCAUUUCGACAUACCUCCUCGCAGGACUAUCAAAGGACUGCACAUCCAUCCCCUACACCAACCCCAACAUGUCCGAUCUCCUCUCAGACCUAAUCCAAUGCUCCAUCACCUCAACCGAGCCGGCAACACAAAUCGCCCUUCUCCGGCACUUCUCCCUCCUCGUCAACAAAUUCCUCUCCAAGACAGACCUCCCCCUCGCCACAGAAAAAUUCAACACCCUCCUCCCUUUCGGAACAGAAUUCGAAACCCUCACCCCCGAAGUCAUCAAGACAACCUUCUGGCUCUCCAAAGCCCUCGUCCUCCGCCUCGUCCCCACAACAACAACCAUCCUAACAUCCCUGCUCUCCCUCCUCUCCUCCCCCGACGAACAAACAAGCACAACCGCCUCCCGCGGCUUCGCCAUCCUCCUCAGCGACGACGAUGUCCUCUCCCCAACAAACGGUGCAAACAUCCGCCUCCUAUCUAAACAGCGCGUCUUCACCACCGUCAUCCCCCUAAUCGCGAAUAAAAUCCGACAGGUCAACAUCGCCGGAAACACCGAUUCUGAGUCCUCCCCAGCGCCAUCGCACAUCAAACCAGCACACUUAACCGCGCUUUCGGGUAUCCUCUCAACUAUCCCCCCGACCCUCGUCAUGCCCGAACUACCCACUUUACUCCCUCUCCUCCUCCAAUCCCUCGACCUCCAAACAAGCGACUCCCACGCCGUCCGCGCAGCGACACUAGAAACACUGGCAGUAAUCAUCCGCGACAACGGCGUCUCCGUUGUUGAUGAAUGCGGACACGUCCAGAGUCUUGUCACCCGUCUGCUCAACACAGCGGCUUACACUGCACCUAGUGCGAAAGCAGCAGUGAACCCCUCGCGCCUCCGCACGGACGCCCUGAAAUGUCUGUAUUUGCUUGCGCAGACACCGAGCCCGAAUGCGCCUGCUGUUGCGAGGGCGGGGAAGUUGUCGCCACUCUUGCCAGUUAAGGCGCAGGUGUUGAGGGCGUUGAAGUUGGUGCUUGAUGAUCCGAAGAGAGAUGUUAGGAAGGCGGCUGUUGAUGCUAGGGGGGCUUGGUUGAGGGGAGUUGAUGAUGUUGAGGAGGAUGAGGAUUAA